AUGAAAGGACUAAUGUCGGUUAACGCAGACUUGGAUACCUAUUCAGUGAAGGAAAGUGUAGCAAGACCUUCUAUCCCUCCAUUGAGGUCAAACCUCUCCAUUUACCCGUUGUUUGUCGGACUCGAUUUUGUAGACAAGUGUCUGUCUGCCAUUUCACAAAGGAACUCUGCCUUCUCGUCACGCUUGCCGACAACCCGCUUUCUAUCCCCCGAGCACUCAGUGGAUGAAGAGGAAAGCGUAUCAGAUCAAGCCUUCGAAGCAGCCCAUUCCGUCGAUGUAGUACAAUCAGUUCUUUCUGUCGAGUUCCAUUCCUUGAUGAAACGGGAAAGAAGGAUCCACCUUAUUCACAACAACAGCACUUCUUCCACGAAUAGGUGUUCGCCAUAUCUUGCUUUGCGGAUAUGGAGUCUUUUCAAAAAGAACAAGGCUCGGAGGCAAGCAAGCGCGUUUGAGUUCUCAUAUUCGAUCAAUGCGAUAUUGCUGACGGUAUGGAGCCAUGAAUUGGUCGCAUCCCCUUAG